GUGGAAUGUUUUGUUCAUGUCGUAUCGUACCGCAGCGAGACUGUGGGCCUGUCGUUGUGGGAACCUCGACAGCUCCGGACCGUUCUUAGCGGUCGCGGAAAAAAACACGUGGCCGGCACGCGGGGUUACUAUAUAAAAAAUGUCCAAGGAAGAUUUGACAAGCGAAAUAGGACCGCCGUGCAGCCUGGUGCUGUCGGACGGUUCAGUCUACUCUGGCAGAAGCUUUGGAGCUCAAGUGCCUUCUGAAGGAGAAGUAGUAUUUCAGACUGGCAUGGUUGGCUAUCCGGAAUCAUUGACAGAUCCAUCAUAUCACGCGCAACUGUUGGUAUUAACAUACCCUCUUAUUGGAAACUAUGGUGUACCCGACGAAGAAGACCGCGAUGAACACGGGAUACCCAAAUGGUUCGAAUCAAACCGUAUUUGGGCAGCAGGUUUAAUAGUAGGGGAAAUCAGUACAAAAGCUUGUCAUUGGCGAGCAAAAUGUUCGCUCGGAUCUUGGCUGUCUUCCCGAGGAGUCCCAGGUGUUUGCGACAUAGAUACGAGGGCAUUGACCAUUCGUCUUAGAGAAGGAGUUACUCUCGGUCGCAUAGUUCAGGGCGUGCCACCAUUUGGGCCCCUUCCGCCUCUCUCAGACCCAAAUUCAAGAAAUUUAGUUGCUGAAGUGUCUACAGAGGAAACAAGAAUCUAUAAUCCUAAGGGUGAAAUUACUAUUGUAGCUGUAGAUUGUGGUUUAAAAUAUAAUCAAAUAAGAUGCUUAAUAAAAAGAAACGCAAAAGUUAUUUUGGUGCCUUGGGAUCACAAAUUGGAACCAAACAACUACGAUGGGCUAUUCAUCAGUAAUGGUCCUGGUGAUCCUAUCGUUUGUAAGAAAGUUGUUGAUAACUUAAAAGAAGUUAUUAAGAGCGGAAAUAAUGUUAAACCUAUAUUUGGAAUUUGUCUGGGACAUCAGUUACUGUCAACAGCUGCCGGUUGCAAAACCUACAAAACAAAGUAUGGCAACCGUGGACAUAACUUACCAUGCACACAUAGUGGAACCGGAAGAUGUUUCAUGACAUCACAAAAUCAUGGAUUUGCUGUUGAUACGGAUUCAAUACCUUCAGAUUGGAAAAUAUUAUUUACAAAUGAAAACGAUAAAACAAAUGAAGGAAUUAUACAUAAAACUGCUCCAUUUUUCAGCGUUCAAUUUCAUCCAGAACACACUGCUGGUCCCACUGAUUUAGAAUGUUUGUUCGACAUAUUUGUUGAUAGCGUAAAAUACUUUAAAAAUAAGAAACCAGUCGUCAUAGAUGAACUAAUCACAAAUAAAUUACAUAUUGUGCCUUCUAUACAGGAACGCCCUAAGAAGGUUUUGAUUCUUGGUUCUGGAGGAUUGUCUAUAGGACAAGCUGGCGAGUUUGAUUACUCGGGAUCUCAAGGUGUAAAAGCAUUGCAAGAAGAGAGAAUACAAACCGUAUUAAUAAAUCCCAAUAUUGCCACUGUUCAGACUUCUAAAGGUCUGGCAGAUAAAGUUUACUUUUUACCUAUUACUCCUGAUUACGUAGAACAGGUAAUAAAAGCGGAGAGACCAACAGGAGUUCUAUUGACAUUUGGAGGACAGACUGCUUUAAAUUGUGGAGUUGAGUUAGAAAAGUCAGGAGUUUUUCAAAAAUAUAAUGUAACUGUUUUGGGGACACCAAUAAAGUCGAUAGUGGAAACCGAAGACAGAAAAAUUUUUGCAGAAAAAAUUCAAGAUAUAGGAGAACAAGUAGCACCAAGUGCAGCAGUUACUUCAAUAGAAGAAGCUCUUGCGGCUGCGAAUCAAAUAGGCUAUCCAGUAAUGGCACGUUCGGCAUUUUCUUUAGGAGGAUUAGGAUCAGGUUUCGCAAACAAUGAAGAUGAAUUAAAAACACUUGCACAUCAAGCUCUCUCUUAUUCUGAUCAGCUCAUAAUUGACAAAUCAUUGAAAGGUUGGAAAGAAGUAGAAUAUGAAGUUGUUCGGGAUGCUUAUGAUAAUUGUAUCACAGUGUGUAAUAUGGAAAAUGUUGACCCUCUUGGUAUCCAUACAGGUGAAUCUAUUGUUGUUGCUCCAAGUCAAACACUAUCUAACAGAGAAUAUUAUAUGUUACGCAAUACAGCCCUUAAAGUUAUAAGACAUUUUGGUAUUGUAGGGGAAUGCAAUAUUCAAUAUGCUCUUAAUCCUAAUUCGGAAGAGUUUUACAUUAUUGAAGUAAAUGCACGUCUAUCACGCAGUUCAGCAUUGGCUAGUAAAGCUACUGGAUACCCGUUGGCUUACGUAGCUGCUAAACUAUCAUUAGGAAUUCCAUUACCUGUGAUAAAAAAUUCAGUAACAGGUGAAACCACAGCUUGUUUUGAACCAAGUUUAGACUAUUGUGUAGUCAAAAUUCCCAGAUGGGAUUUAGCCAAAUUUAAUAGAGUUAGCACAAAAAUUGGAAGUUCAAUGAAAAGUGUUGGGGAAGUAAUGUCAAUUGGUAGAAGUUUCGAAGAAGCUUUUCAAAAAGCUUUAAGGAUGGUUGAUGAGAAUGUUAAUGGAUUUGAUCCGAAUAUUAAAAAAGUUAAUGAAGAUGAACUCCGCGAACCAACAGACAAGCGUAUGUUUGUAUUAGCAGCUGCUUUAUAUGAGGGGUACAGUUUAGAAAAAUUAUAUGCAUUAACAAAAAUCGAUAAGUGGUUCCUUGCUAAAUUUAAAAAUAUUAUUGCAUAUUACACAACUCUUCAAGCUGUCGAUAGCAACACAAUUACGUCAGAAAUAUUGAAAAAGGCGAAAAAAAUUGGAUUUUCAGAUAAACAAAUAGCGGCAACCAUAAAAAGUACAGAAGUUGCCGUGAGAAAAUUACGAGAAGAAUUUGGCAUAACUCCUUAUGUAAAACAAAUUGACACUGUUGCGGCUGAAUGGCCAGCAUCCACAAAUUAUUUAUAUUUAACGUACAAUGGAACUGCACACGAUUUGCAUUUUCCCGGUGAUUACACUAUGGUUUUAGGGUCAGGAGUUUAUAGAAUAGGAAGUUCUGUUGAAUUCGAUUGGUGUGCCGUAGGUUGUUUAAGAGAAGUGCGAAAUCAAGGCAAAAAGACAAUAAUGGUAAAUUAUAAUCCUGAAACAGUUAGUACUGAUUACGACAUGAGUGACCGGCUAUACUUCGAAGAAAUAUCUUUUGAAAUUGUCAUGGACAUCUACAACAUUGAAAAGCCUAGUGGAAUAAUUUUGUCAAUGGGAGGACAGUUACCAAAUAAUAUUGCUAUGGACCUUCAUCGCCAGCAAGCUGUUAUAUUGGGUACUUCGCCUGACAUGAUAGAUAAUGCAGAAAAUAGAUUUAAAUUUUCAAGAAUGUUGGAUCGAAAGGGUAUUCUUCAACCCAGAUGGAAAGAACUCACUGAUCUUGAAUCUGCUACUCAAUUUUGCGAUGAAGUUGGUUAUCCAUGUUUGGUACGACCCUCUUAUGUUCUGAGUGGUGCAGCAAUGAAUGUUGCACAUUCAAAUCAGGAGCUAGAAACGUAUCUUAAAUCAGCCAGCUUAGUUAGCAAAGAUCAUCCCGUGGUGAUAUCUAAAUUUAUAAUGGAUGCAAAAGAAAUAGAUGUUGAUGUGGUAGCCUCUGAUGGUAUUAUAUAUUGCAUGGCUGUUUCCGAACAUGUUGAAAAUGCUGGUGUACAUUCUGGUGAUGCAACAUUGGUCACUCCACCACAAGAUAUUAAUGAACAAACUCUAGAAAAGAUCAAGGAAAUAUCCAGCAUCAUAGCUGAAACCCUGGAUGUUACUGGGCCGUUUAAUAUGCAACUAAUAGCCAAAGAUAAUGAAUUAAAAGUUAUAGAAUGUAACGUCAGGGUUUCCAGAUCGUUUCCAUUUGUAUCCAAAACCUUAGAUCACGAUUUCGUAGCGAUGGCUACUAAAUUAAUUCUUGGCGUACCAGUAGAACCAAUUGAUGUCAUGUCUGGCUGUGGAAAAGUAGGUGUAAAAGUACCACAAUUUUCAUUCUCUAGACUGUCAGGAGCAGAUGUUACUCUUGGAGUGGAAAUGGCAUCGACUGGUGAAGUAGCGUGCUUUGGUGAAAAUCGCUAUGAAGCCUAUUUAAAGUCAUUAAUGAGUACAGGUUUCAAAAUACCCGAAAAAGCUAUUCUGUUGUCAGUGGGAACAUUCAAGCACAAAAUUGAACUUCUGCCAAGCGUACGAGCUUUACAGAGAAUGGGAUACAAAUUAUAUGCUAGUAUGGGUACUGGUGAUUUUUAUACGGAACAUGGAAUUGAGAUUGAAAGUGUUCAAUGGACAUUUGAUCACAUCGGUGACCCAGAAGAUGCAAGAGCAGAUGGUGAACUAAUGCACUUGGCAGAUUUUAUGGCACGUAGACAACUAGACUUGGUGAUAAAUUUGCCCAUGCGCGGAGGAGCUCGCCGUGUGUCGUCAUUCAGUACUCAUGGAUAUCGUACACGUCGCCUGGCAGUAGAUUAUGCAGUCCCCUUGGUGACAGAUGUAAAGUGUGCUAAACUACUCGUAAAGGCUAUGCAACAGUGUGGUGGAGUACCUCUCAUGAAAACACACACAGAUUGUAUGACCUCGCGCAACAUCAUAAAGUUACCAGGUUUCAUUGACGUGCACGUUCAUGUUCGCGAACCCGGUGCGACCUACAAAGAAGAUUUCAGUUCUUGUACUGCAGCUGCUCUCGCUGGUGGAGUCACCAUGAUAUGCGGCAUGCCUAAUACUAAUCCGUCAGUUAUUGACCGCACUGCCUUUGAAUAUGUUUCGGCACUAGCACGUGUUAGUGCACGUUGUGACUAUGCUCUGUAUGUUGGUGCUUCGUCAAACAACUUUGACGCAAUAAGUGAAUUAUCACCACAGGCAGCGUCUUUAAAAAUGUAUCUUAAUCAAACGUUUACUACAUUAACUCUAGACGAUAUGACAGUGUGGCAGAAGCAUUUACAAAACUGGCCGAAGAAAAUUCCAGUUUGUGUUCAUGCAGAACGAGAAAAGACUGGUGCUAUUAUUUUAAUGGCGUCACUUUUAGAUCGACCUAUACAUAUCUGCCAUUUGGCACGUAAGGAAGAGAUUUUAAUAGUGAAGGCUGCUAAGGAAAAAGGUCUAAAAGUGACAUGUGAAGUCUGCCCUCAUCACUUGUUUUUGAGCACAGCAGACACUGAUCGUAUUGGAAAAGGACGCGCUGAAGUACGACCUGUAUUGUGUAGUCCUGAAGAUCAAGCAGAAUUAUGGAGAAAUAUGGAUGUCAUUGAUAUUUUUGCAACUGAUCAUGCACCCCAUUCAGUAGAUGAAAAAAAUUCAGAAAAGCCACCACCUGGAUUUCCAGGCUUGGAGACAAUUUUGCCAUUAUUAUUAAAUGCAGUACAUGAGGGUCAUUUAACAAUGGAAGAUCUUAUUAAUAAAUUUCAUAGAAAUCCUCGAAAGAUAUUUAAUCUGCCAGAACAACCUAAUACUUACGUAGAAGUGGAUAUGGAUUACGAAUGGACUAUUCCUUCCGCAAUGGAAUUUACUAAAUCCAAAUGGACACCUUUUGCUGGCAUGCAAGUAUGUGGUGCCAUUCAUCGAGUGACGUUGCGUGGCGAAAUAGCGUAUGUCGAGGGCCAAAUUCUUGUACCUCCAGGUUUCGGACAGAAUGUUCGAGAAUGGCCUGCACCAAAAAAACAAACAUUUCCCGUAUAUUCCAUUGAAAAGGUUGAGAAAGAAUUAAGUCGCCCAAAUUCUGCCCUAGAUUUACAUCUGUCCGGUGAGUUAAGUCGUCUUAGUGAUUUUGAUGUAGAUCAAAUUGAAUCCAAACCAGAAGCUCAAAAUAAAUUGAACGUCCAUUUUAAUGAAAUGGCUGCAUUAAGAAGUAUGUCUCCAUUACCUUCGCAAAGUGUGAUUCGCCAAAGAUGCGAUAGUACUUCAAAUUACAAUCCCAUCCAAACAGCUCAUCCUCACCGUCAACGUAGUGAUUUAUUCGGAAAAAGUAUCUUAACAGUUGAUUCUUUUAACAAAGAAACUCUCAAUGAUAUAUUCAAUCUAGCCCAAUUCAUGAAAACAAAUGUCUCUAAAAGCCGUUUGGUAGAUGACAUUUUACGAGGAAAAGUCAUGGCUUCAAUUUUCUAUGAAGUUAGCACACGAACUAGCUGCAGUUUCGCAGCUGCUAUGCAGAGGCUUGGUGGUUCAGUAAUACAUACUGAUGCCACAAGCUCGUCCGCCAAGAAAGGUGAAACACUUGAAGACAGUGUAGCUGUAAUGGCUAGUUACUCAGAUGUGGUUGUCCUAAGACAUCCAGAACCUGGUGCAGCAGCGAAAGCUUCUCGGCAUUGUAGGAAACCUAUCAUUAAUGCAGGUGAUGGUAUUGGUGAACAUCCUACACAAGCAUUACUCGAUAUUUUUACAAUAAGAGAAGAGAUUGGUACUGUGAAUGGCCUUACUAUAACAAUGGUAGGAGAUUUGAAGAACGGGCGCACAGUUCAUUCCCUUGCUCGGCUCCUCACUUUAUAUCAGGUUCAGCUACAAUACGUCAGUCCUCCGGGUCUAGGAAUGCCCAAGCAUAUAAUGGAAUAUAUUGCAGACAAAGGCAUAACACAACGAGUAUAUGAACGCCUAGAAGAUGUUUUGGCUGAUACUCAUGUCCUUUACAUGACCAGAAUUCAACGAGAAAGAUUUGAAAGUCAAGAAGAAUAUGAAAAAGCACGCGGUUUAUUGAUAGUAACGCCACAAUUGAUGACACGGGCGCGCCGCCGCAUGGUGGUCAUGCAUCCACUUCCUCGCGUGGACGAAAUCUCUCCAGAGUUUGACUCGGACCCCAGGGCCGCUUACUUCAGGCAAGCAGAGUACGGCAUGUAUGUGCGGAUGGCACUUCUUGCCAUGGUAGCUGGAGUUAACCCUCUUAUUUAAAUGUCCAUUUCCUGUGCCAUAUUUCUAAAAACUUAUCAAAACUACUGUUGAAAUACAUCGUACAAAAAUUACACAUAUAAAACACAUUUACGUACUAAACCCAACUUUUUGUAAACACCAGCCACAUUUCUGGAACAUGUUUGUUUUUGUUCAUAAAGUCAUUGUCACCAGUAGAUUUUUUAAACUAUAAAUAGAAUAAAAUAAAUAUAUUUUUAUUGGAAAAAGCGAAAAAUAUACUAACAAAAUAAAAUCAUUAAAGGCACGAAGCGGAUGUAAAUCGUGUGAUCUUACGUAAUUUUCUUUGAAAUAAUAUUAGUUAAAAACUUAUUAAAUAUAUACAAAACAAACCAUACUGUAAAAAGUUUUAUCUACUGUAUUAUGAUGUUAGAGACUGAUGCCUUUACGUUUCCGGAAAUGAAACUAUUUUAGUAAAUAUUUAUUUUUAUUUUUGAUGUUAUCUAUACUAUUCCAACAAUAUAUUGAUAAACCGUUAGAUAUUUAUGUAACCUUAAUACUUAUGUACACGAAAUAUUAUAUACCUGUUCAAUUCAGAAAUUGUAUAAUUUUGAUAAAAUGAUUCUAGAUAGAAACUUAUUUACAGAAACGUUUUGUGGAGUGUAUCUUCUUAUUUACACACAUUUACAAAAAUAUAACAAGAUAAAUAAGAGAUUCUUGUGUUAUUUAUUACGAAAAAAUAAAAUUAUAUAACCAAGUUUA